AUGUUUACAAUGGAUGAUGAAUUAAUGUCUCUUGAGGAGCUUGAGAGAUUGAUGGAUGAGCAAGAAAUGAACAAUACCAUGGCAACAUCAACUUCAACAACCAUUACUCCCAGUGCUGUUGCUACCAUCGCUACGGCUACGGCAUCUACGAAUAUCUCGGAAGCUAGCAAUGAGGGAAUCUCUGGCACAAUCUUAUUUAAAGAACCAGAUAUUGAUCAACAACCACCAUCUCUCCCAACAACCAUUUCCGGCGCCAAGAUGUCGAAGAGAUCUGGUACUCGAGCCAGAAAGCGCAAGGCUAGAUCUGCUCAAAAACUAUCAAAAAUCUCUGUUUGUAUCACAGAGAACCGAGAAGCCCACCAAAGCUACUCCAUGGAGAGAGUUCCAUGGACUGAUCAGCAAGACAAAGAACACAACGCCUCCUACUUUGACGAUGCCAGUCUUGCUAAGCAAGCUGUAGCUCUCUCUUUCGACGACUCUGGAGGCUCCAGCGCUGACUCUCCUCCGGUUCCUAGCAUGGCGAAUGCUCUAAAUUCCCUUCCUACCAAGCCGGUUGCACCAAAUUCGAGUUCUGAGCAACAAACCACCAAAUCCUUCGCCCCUUAUGCUCCGGGCAGAGGUAAAUUCACUAUUUCGAGCCAUUCUUCAGCUCAAAUAGGCAAUCCCAGCUCGGUUCCUACCCGACUUCCAGGAGGCCCUCGUGAGGUCAUCACGAUUAGCUUCGUCAAUAUGGGGGCUUUGACCUCUAGAUUGAAGGAUUUGAAUGCGGCUAAGGAGGCUAGCACCGACAGCAUGGCUAUCACAAUUAGCGGACCAAUUGGCGACAAGCAAGUGGAGGUAUCUGGGCCUAUUGGGUCUAAUAUUCGUGGUUUUGUGAAGAGAAAUUGCCCUGGGUUAAGUGAGAGGCAGAUAAAGGCUGCACUUGAGUGA